CAAGGUCAAACAUGGCCGUCAAAAAUUUGAGGCGGAAGUUUUGGUUUUAUUGAAUUUUUUGAAGUUUUAACACCACUCUCAUACAGUUAUACAUACUAUUACAGCUAAAUGCAUGUCUGGGAAUUGUAGGUCGUACUUGAUGAUUAAUAUAAUAGGAUUCUGUAAUUGAUGUGACCUACAGUGCUGUUUGGAACAUUUGUAUAUCUGCCAGCUACCUCCUGACUGCCCUUAUUUAUACCAUUCCAAAGAUGUCAAGUUACUCCGAACUGAAGAACUUUAUACAACUGCACUUAGGGGCUGAUGAGAAAUGUACAGCAUGUAUCCAGGGUGAAUUGAUGCUUGAUAUCGUAAAAGUAGGACGUGUUCUGGCUAUCGUGACAAGAAAGGGAGAUCAUGGAUUGUUUGUGUAUACUACUAAAGAGAGUGUGCCUACUAGCAGUAACAGCCUGCAACUGGAGGUGGCGACACCUAUCAAUGCAGAAUUUAAAUACAACAUUGACACAGAGGCCAGUACAGCUGAAAUCCUGGUGGUUGGGAUCAGCAAUGAUAAAGUAAAUCUCAAGUUCCAAUUCCCAAAGUCAAGCAGAAGCAAUGAUUUCUUUACUCAGCUCAAGAAGGCUAUAGAUGUUCAUAGCCAGUCUGCGGCAUUUGGUCUUCCCCCCAGUUACUCCUGGAUAAGUGAACACUACCCUGUCAGUCCGGAGCCCAGUAAACAGUUAGACAUGACCAGUAAUUGGUUCACUGAUGAAGACACAAAGCCUAAAGAUGAGGCUGAAAACCAAUUUUCUGUAGGAUUUGAAGAUAAUUUUUCUGAUAUGCCAAUCAAUACAUCUAGUGUACCAAGCAACAAAGAUAGAAUGGCAAGCAACACAACACAUACAUCAAUCAACACAGCUAGAAUGUCACUUUCGGGUGGUAAAGUCCACGACUUUGAGAAGAGUAUCGAACAUUUAGAAAAAGAGAUGACAGAUUCCAUGGAGCAAAGAAUGAAGGACUCUGAAGCAGCCCCACUACCAAUGGACAAGUUCAUACGCAUGUUUAUGGCUAUGAGGGAAGCAGAAUACACUGACAUACAUAAUUUCAAGGUGUUCUGUGGUACAUGGAACACAAAUGGUCAGGCAGCUUCUGCAGAUCUGAAGCCUUGGCUCUCAUAUGAUGAGGAACCUCCUGAUAUAUAUGCUUUAGGGUUCCAAGAGCUUGAUUUAUCCAAGGAGGCGUUUCUGUUUGCUGAGUCACCUAAGGAAGAUGAAUGGUUUGAACAAUGUAGGAAGGCACUGCAUCCUUCAGCAACAUAUAAAAAGUUAAAAUUAAUACGACUUGUUGGUAUGAUGUUGAUCGUGUUUGUAAAAAAAGAUAUAAUCGACCAGAUCAGAAGUGUCAGUGCAGAGACAGUCGGCACAGGCAUUAUGGGAAUGAUGGGUAAUAAAGGUGGCGUUAGUAUCAGGCUUGAUAUCAACAGUACGAGUAUUUGUUUCGUGAAUUGUCACCUUGCCGCACAUACAGAGGAAUAUGAGAGAAGGAACCAGGACUUUAGGGACAUUAAUUCUAGGAUGUCAUUUAGGAAUCUUCAGACACCACUUAAUAUAUCUGAUCAUGAUAUAGUAUACUGGAUAGGUGAUCUCAACUAUAGGCUCAGUGAACUUGAUGUUGACCAAGUGAAGAAAUACAUUGAACUUACAGACUUUAAGACACUUUUGGAACAUGAUCAGCUACACCGCCAGCAUUUAGCAAAGAAAGUGUUUCUUGGGUACAGGGAGGGAGAUAUCACAUUCCAGCCUACUUACAAGUAUGAUACGGGAACAGACAAUUGGGAUACAAGCGAAAAGUGUCGGGCGCCAGCUUGGUGUGACAGGGUGCUAUUCAAGGGACGUAACAUCAAACAACUGGAGUAUAGGAGCCACCCAUUGUUACGCAUAAGCGACCAUAAACCUGUCAGCGCCCUCUUUGAGAUGGGGACUAAGGUGACAAAUACUAAGAGGGAAAAACAGGUGCUGGAGGAUGUACUUAAGAAAAAAGACAAGCUUGAAAAUGAAUUCUUACCAGCUGCUAAGCUUGAUAAACUUGAGUUGAAGUUUGAAAAUGUUCAGUUUAUCCAACCCCAGGAACAGACAAUAGAGGUCACUAAUGUAGGCCAAGUGCCGCUACAGUUUGAAUUCAUCAACAAACUUAAUGAGUCUCGUCCAUGUAAACCAUGGCUAUCACCUAGACCAACUAAAGGUUUCAUAAUGCCAAAUGAUUCUUUGUCUGUAGAAUUUGAGGUGUACAUAGACAAAAAUACAGCACCAGGUCUCAACACACAACAGGACAAAAUAGAAGAUAUUCUAGUCUUACACUUAGAGGGAGGGAAAGACUUUUUCGUGUCAGUUACUGGCAACUAUAUUCCAAGUACGUUUGGUUCCUCCAUUGAAGCCCUAGUCCACAUGUAUAGCUAUAUACGAGAUGUCUCUACAGCAGAACUAAUAGAAUUGGAAUCAUCAAGUAGUGAAGCUUCCACUCCAUCUCCACAGAAAGGUGAACCUUUUGACAUCCCUAAGGAACUGUGGCGACUUGUUGAUCAUUUGAACACGUAUGGGCUUGAAGAGGAGAAUAUAUUCCAAAUGCCAGGUCUUCAUUCUGAGAUCCAGCUGAUCAGGGACUGUUUAGACACUGGGGUUCCUGAGGCUAUACCUGGCACUAUUCACUCUGUGGCUGAAGCUCUUCUCAUCUUCAUAGAGUCUCUAUCCGAACCUGUCAUUCCAUAUGACUCCUAUCAGAAGUGUUUAGAUGCCAGUCAGAGUUUCAUACAGUGUAAACAGGUGUUGCAACAAAUCCCUAUAAGCCAUAGAAAUGUCUUCAAAUAUGUCACAGCCUUUCUCAGAAAACUACUGCAGUUUAAAGACAGCAACUUAUUAGAUGUGAAAUUUCUAGCUCAGGUGUUUGGUGGCUUUUUUCUCCGAAGUCCAACACCAACAACAGAUCGGCCGCUAUCUCAACAAAUGGAACGUCAACUCAAGUCCCAGAUGGCCAAUGAAGACCGACGGAAAUCUGCCUUUAUGUACCACUUUCUUACAAAUGAUUACGAUGAACAGUAGGAUUGAAUUAUAGAGAGCAAACUGUGCCAAUUGAGAUUUCUUAAGCUAAAUACAAAUGAGGAUUGAGUUGCAGUCAAAUCAUAAGCUUUUAUCUGUAAUGGAUUAGAUUGUGCCAAAGUGCAAUGAUUGGUACUUGCGGAAUUUAAUUUCGAACCCAUAAUUUCUAUGAUUCGAAUCAUCUUUAACCUUGUCAUUCCGCAAAGUGUGUGAUUUAUUGGACACAGCAUAACCUUAUGUGAAGCGCUUGGGUAUACAAACCGGUUUAUUAUUGACAGAUUAAAGAUCAUUGGAAGAUGAACCAAUACUGGGAAAUACACCGAUAAAUGUGGUCAAUAAAACAACCGUUAAAUCCAUGUUAAUGAUAUUGGCAAAAGUAGAUGCUUAAUUUUGAAAAUUAGCAAGCGAACACUAAUUGAUCAGAGGGGUGUCUAGAAUAUUGAUAUGAAAUCUGUGGCUGAAUUGUGAUUGUUUGUCAUAAUUAAAUCACAGUUGCUGAGGAUAUAGCAACAUUGUGAGUUAAAUUUGCAAUUUAUGGAUUUAUGAAAACCAUUUAAGGUAAGUAGAUACACAUGUAUAUUUUCAAUUGAAACUUGUGUCAAAGAUGGAAAAACAGUUCAUAUUUCAUUCAUGCCUUAUGGGAGGUUACCUCCCUUUCCAUCUUUAAUACAGUCCAUGGACAAAUACAUGUAGUAACAUACAUGUUAAUUGUUGGAACAUUUUAUAAAAUCAAAAAUCACAAUGGUACAUCUUACACAGCAGGAUUGAAUUGCUUUUAUGAAGCAUUUUGGCAAAAAACUUUGUGAUGGAGGAUUUUUGUCAAAGUGCUCCAAAAGCAAGAAAGUGCUUGAUGUGACAAUUUCAUUGUGACAUCACAUGGCUUUACAAAACAACAAAUUCACAUAGGGUCACACUUCGCUCAAUUUAAACAACCUGAAAUAGUAUUUAAAGGCCUAACUUUUUCAAUUAUCAUCAAUAUUUAGUUAUUUAUAAAAGUAUUCAUAUUACUUAACUUAGGUAUGUAAAGAGAAUGCCAAGUAUCUGUUUUAAACUGUUUGUUUAACAAAACAUAUUUGUUUUAAUUUAAAGAAAAAUGUAGAAAUGUUUUCGUGCUUAAUCAUAAUUAUAGGAUUCCUCAAAACCAAUGCACAAAUAUAUUUAUAAAUUGAAGUGUACCUAUUUUAACAAAUUGCUAUUUAUUACCUAUAUAUUUACAGUAUACAUAGCUGUAUAAAAUAUAAACUUGAA